GGGAAAUAACUUAAGGUGUUAAGACAAAGAUCAAUUGCUACCUUGCUUCCCCACAUUGCUUCUCAUGGUAUUUCUAAUCAUAGGGAGAGGGAUUGCAAGGCUUUGGCCAAUGAAAAAAGGUUCCAAAGGCUGCCAAAAUUCACUCUACUCAUUUUGCGCUGCCUUUUAUCUCUCUAUAUAGGUAAAACGGCGUCAUUACAGAUUGAGCGCGACAAUGAUCGAGAGGGUCGUGCAGCGCAUACAUUAAUUGCGUUAAAUAUUUAAAUGUGACACAUUUUUUAAUAAAUUAAUUGCCGCCGUUAUCGGGAUAUUUUUGAUAGCCCUACCUUAAGCCUAAACUAAAGACUCUGGAUGAGUGUAACAUAUUAUGUCUGUAACGUUAAAUACAAUUAGAAAACGAUUUAAUUAAAAAAUAUAUAUACUGUAUAUUAAAAAAAACUUUUUUGCCGAUUCCGGUACUUUGAAAAUGACGUGAUCGGACCCGAUCAAUCGGCAUCCCGAUCGAUCGGGACAUCUCUAGUCGUGUCACUUAAGUGACACCCUGCGCCUCCCCCUCCCGACAACCCUGCCCCACAAAUACACUUACUCACCGACUGGUGAGUAAGACUGUGCCCAUUCCUCGUUUUGUGAAACAUAUGUGUAAGGUGCUGCUUUGUAAGUUUUGCUUUCAUAUCUUGGAUAGAUAUGCCAUGUUGCUUUAGCCUUUAAAUGUCUGUGCUGAGGAAUCAUCACACACUAAACUAAGUUGUAGCAUUAGCAUAGCGUUCGCAUUAGAAUGGCAUUCGUGUUAGCAUUAGCAUUUAGCGACUUUGUGUCUUCUUAAACUCUUGGAAAAACAUUUUACAUACAGUUCGUGGCAUCCCUGUGAGUUUAAUUAAUUGCAGAUAAUGUGCUGUUUUCCUGCUGAGAGUGUAUUAUCAUCAUGAAAAUGUUGAUGUCCUUGUAGACUCUACAGUUAUGUGCUAGUCUGUCCAUUAUAAAUUGUUGGAAACCUUUUAUUUAUUGAUUUAUUCAUAGAAUAAAACAGUUUAUAGACAUAAACAUGUUACGAAUUGUCGACUAAUAUUAGGCGAAAUUUGUCUGAGUUUUCGUUUACUAAAAGUAGACAAAGAUGAACACAUAUUGAAAUGACUAAAAUAUGAUUAACACUAAUAAGUAUUUUUGUCCAAAAGACAAAGACGAAAAUUAAAAUGGCUGCCACAAACAACAUUGAAAAAGUACAUUAUUUUCAAUUAUUCAUGGACCUGGAAGCCUUGAACUGUGUGUAAAAAAGCUUUCCAAGCAUUUAAGACAACACUCACCAUGCUAAAUGCUAAUGCGAACGCUAUGCUAACGCUACAAGUUACAUUUAUUGUGUGAUGAUCACUCAGCACAGACCUUUAAAGGCUAAAGCAACAUGGCAUAUCUAGCCAACAUAAGCAGUGUUGUUAAUAACGGCGUUAGAAUAUAACGGCGUUACUAACGGCGUUAUUUUCUUCAGUAGUGAGUAAACUAAUUAAUUACUUUUCUCAUCUUGGCAACGCUGUUACAGUUACUGAGGUGGAAAAGGCGUGCAUUACUAUGCGUUACGAUGUUGGUUGAAAGCCGCGAGAAAAGUCUGGGGAAAAAAAUGGACUCACGGAGACGAGAGAGCAGAGCAGGAGUGGGGAGGAGGCAAGGGAGUGUGACGCCGUUGCAAACGCGAUGCUACUAUGCUAGGUGGCUCCAAUAAUACCUGACUGUAGCCAAUAGCCUACAAACUAUGCCCACAUGAUGCUUCGGUAAAUAUUACAUCUAUUCAGAACUAGAUGCAUAUGACAGACGUGGCGGCAUUAGCAACAUAUAUAAUAAAGAACUAGAUUCGUUAGUAAACAGCCGCCAUCUUAAAGCAGUAGACUUCUCAUGAAGGCUCCGUUAUAGAGAAUCUUCCUGGCGAACCUGAGUCACUUUUUAUCUAAAAUACUCCUAAAUCGGCAAAACUUAACUUAAAUCUAUCUUUAAAUGAUGAAACCGUUUUAAAACUUACACAUGUCGAAAAUAGUGGGAAGAGAACUCAUGCAAUAAGGGGAGCAAUUUUAAAAACUUUAACAAUUGAUUCACAACAUUAAAUGACUUCCACACAUAGCAAAGGUUAUUAUCUAAUUAUUAUUAUUAUCUAGUUAUCGCAAUAUCCGCAAUACUCCUGUUGUCCCAAAAACCCUUUAAACUUCAGAUUGUGGGACCAGUUUUUUAUUUUUUUAUUUUUUUUUAGAAAAAAAAAAAACAUGAAAAUUAUCACCAGUUACUUUGUCAAGUAGCUAAUUGCUUUUACAUUCAGGUAGCUGAGUAACUAAUGCAAUUACUUUUUGGGAGAAGUAAUCUGUAACUGUAAUUAAUUACUUUAUUAAGGUAAGAUUAACAACACUGAACGUAAGAAAACAAAACUUACCAAGCAGCACCUUGGCAAAAAAAAGGCAAAUCUGGAGCCUGGAGAGGACACCGAUGAGUAAGCGUGUGUGGGGGGCAGGGCGGCACAGCCCAUCACAUGAGUGAUACAAACACUGCUACGAUGCGUGCUAACUAUACAUACGAUAAGAAAAUGUCACACAUUGUAAAUUUAUGAUGGAAACUAUGGCAAAUUUUCAUCUCGUUCUCGUCUCGUCAAACAAAAACUGGCAUUCGUAUCAUUAUGCUUCAGUUUCCCAAGACACAUUUUAGCUCGUCACGUCAUCAUCAUGAAAAAACUGUUCGUGGACGAAAUAUUUUCGUUAUCGUCAUCGUUGACUAAAACAACACUGCAUCUGAGCUAUCCGUACAUUGUCCAAUCCUAACCCUCCUUACAUCCUCGCUUUCUCACCUUUCCGCGCCUUCCAUCAUCAAGUCCUCAUAUCUUCUACUUUGAAACUGUGUCCAUCCUUGCAUCCUAGAUUCUUUGCUUCUCCUAUCCUCACCGCCAUUCAUCCCUACACCCCUGCAUCCUCACUUUCUCAACCCUUGCCAUUGUCACAUCCUCUUAUCUCCCCUCCUCAUUUCCUUACAUUCCUAGCAUCCCAACACCAUUGUAUGCUGGCAACAUUAAUCCUUUAUUGGUGUUUUGUUUAAUUUCAUCGUAUUUAACUCAUUCCCUACCAUUGACAACAACAGACGUCCGAACAGUUUGGAUUGGGAGGAGUGGCUUUGAAUGCUGAUCUUUCAAUUCCGGCUGGGAGGGCCGAAUGAACGUUCAUUCAGUUCAGUGAGUGCCAAAUAAAGGGUUGAAUCAUCAAAAAAAUGUGCAUCCUUCCACCCAUUUCCAAACAUACAAAAUGGUAUCCUUACAUCUCCACUUCCUUGUGUCCUCACCUACUUGGAUCCUAACCACUUAAAAUCCUUGAACUGUCAUGUGUGUCUUUGAUGAUAGGAUGAGUCUUUAAAGCUUGCACUCUCAUUUUUUAGCAUUCAAAUUCCAGCAUAUUAAUCACAGAAAGCAUUGUUUCCAGACGCCACACGCCGAAUAACAUGUGACCAGCAUAGAAGGCGCCCCGCACUACACCCUAAACUCCAAGCUCCCCUCCAAGCCCCCCAUUCUGACACAUCAGGCUGCAAUUAAGCACAACACAAAAGCCAUUAAGCUUCUUAAUUACUGCUUGUUCUUUCCAUUGGCCUGCUUACGUGGGCGGUGCGCGACUCACAGGAGUGUGUGCGUGUGUGUGUGUCUGCGUACGGGCGUGUGUAUGCGUGUGUGUCAACAUGAGUUAACCACGGUGGCUGUUUUUGAUGUGGACGCGAGCUAAUUACAUGUCGCUUUUGCCACUUUCAGCAUCGUAAUGACCGCAAUCAAGCGCCUUUGCAUUCUGUUAAUGACGGACCGUACGGAAAGACCAAGGAAGUCUCUGGACCGGAACACAAUGCCGCCUCCCGGAGACACAGCAUACCAGGCAUGUCACAAUCAAAUUCACUGCCAUUGACAACUAUAAGUGUCCAAAGCAUCACAAAGCAAGCAUGAAUUAAUGAACACAUACAUUACUAUGUUAUUACUAUGUAAUUACAGCGUAAUUACACUUAUAUAAUGAGUACAACCCAUUUGAGGCAGCGAAUGAGUUCAUGUAGUUGGUGCUUAUGGGCCCCCCCUUCGAAGUAAAAUUCAUUGGACGCCUAUGGCCAUCAAUGGUAGCCAGUGAUGUUAUGAAAGACUAUAUUGUAUAUAUAUAAAACACAGCAGGUUAACUCCAGUUUCAUGCAAAUAUGAUACACAGUGUGACUCAUUAGUGACUCUCUGCAGAUAAAUGUGUGUUUGUUUGUACGUGUGCGUGUUUGUGUGCAUGUGUUUGGGAUGUGAAACACCUCAGUGAUCCUGAGUGUCGCCUCGGGGAUUGACUUAAUCUUGCUAAUCUAUCACAGCGGCACUCCAUCUCACCUGUUUGUGUGCGUGCGUGUGUAUGUCUGGCGAUAUUUUUAUGUGCAUGUUUUUUAGUGUAUGUGUGUUUGUGUAUUAUAUUAUGUUGUGUUACGUUACGUUAUGUGACAAUAUACAGUAUUAUGCUAUUUCGUUGUUGUCAUGGUACAGUGAGGAAAUGAUGGGCGGAUUUGAAAUUUUCAUGGUAGGUGCUAGUCCACUGUGAGAGACAAUCUAAAGAAAAAAAAAAAAUCCCGAAAUCACUGUGAAUGAUUUUUAAUUUUUUUAUUUUUUGUAUUAUACUGCUGUAAAAUAGUAUUUGAACACCUGAGAAAGAAGCCUUGCAGGUAUUUUGCACCACUGCUCCACACAGAUCUUCUCUAGAUCAAUCAAGUUUCUGGGCUGUCACUGAGAAACACGGACUUUGAGCUUCCGCCAAAGAUUUUCUCCUGGGUUUGGGUCUGGAGACUGGCUAGGCCCCUCCAGAACCUUGAUAUGCUUGUUAAGAAGCCACUCCUUGGUAAUCCUGACCGUCUGCUUCGGGCGAUUGUCACGUUGGAAGACCCAGUCACAACCCAUUUUCAAUGCUCUAACUGAAGGAAGGAGGUUAUUCUCCAAAAUCUCACAAUACAUGGCCCUGGCCAUCCUCUCCUUAAUACAGUGUAGUCGUCCAGCACCAUGUGCAGAAAAACACCCCCAUGAUUCACAGUAGGGAUGGUGUUCUUGGGAUGGUACUCUUCAUUCUUCUCACUCCAAACACUAUACGUGGAAUUAAGACCAAAAAGUUCCAUUUUGAUCUAAUAUGACCUCAUGACUUUCUCCCAUGACUCCACUUGAUCAUCCAAAUAGUCAUUGGUAAACUUAAAACAGGCCAGGACAUGUACCGGUUUAUGAAGGGGAACCUUCCGUUCCAUGCAUGAUUUUAAGCUAUGAUAUCUUAGGCUAGGUUCAUACUACAGGUCUUAACGCACAAAUCCGAUUUUUUUGCCAUAUUUGUUUUUUUGGCAUGCCCAUUCAGACUGCCUUUGUCCAUUGAGACCGUUCAAGUAUCACGCAUGCGCAUUAAUUCGCAGUUCGAGAUGCCCUCAGCAAAGAGACCCGCAUGCGCAGAAGCAUCAAAACAAAUUAUACAUGUUAGUUGUAUGUCAUUCCAGAGUGAUCAUAUUUUGAUUUCCAUAAAGAGGAAACAAAUAACAGACAUCAAUAAUCCCCGUUUAGUCUUAUAUUCAAAGUUUACAUGGACUGAUGGAACGCAUACACGCACACACGAGCCUUGACGUGUGUGCGUAAAAUGACGUGGGUGCGUCAGUUUGCCCCGACUCGGCCAUGUGGCACAAAUGAAAUAUUGCUCAUUCAACAACGCACAGAAUGGAAAUUGUAAAUUGUAAGGCUUUUUCUUUUCUUCGCUUGAUUUUUUUUAUGACUGUGGUCAAGCCCGCUUCGUGCUUAAAAGCAGAGUUCAAGCUAGACAAAAUGCCUACAUGGCUGCUGUCCUCUGUGCCUCUUGCUCUUUGCUGACGUACAGUAAUUGCUGCAUGAAUUCUGAAUUGGGAGUCUUGACAGUUCAGGCCGCCAGCCGCGUUCUGAAAAAAUGUGGCCCAGAUCGGAUUUGAACCACAUACAAAAGUGACUCAGAUCGGAUUUGAAAUGGUCCACUUCUAUGCGACUUGUCCCGUUCAGACCGUCAAGUUAAUGCCUGACUCGAGUCAGAAAAACACGAAAAAAUCGGAUUCGUGCAUUAAGACCUGUAGUAUGAACUUAGCCAUAGUGUAUUACCAACAGUAACGUUGGAAAGGGUGGUCCCAGCUCCUUUCAGGUCAUUGACCAGCUCCUCCUGUGUAGUUCUUGGCUGAGUCCUAACCAUUCUUAGGAUCAUUGAGACCCUACGAGAUAGAUCUUGCAUGGAGCCCCAGUCCAAGGAAGAUCAUGUUUGGCUUCUUCCAUUUUCUAAUAAUUGCUCCAACAGUAGAUCCUAUAUCAACAAACUGUUUGGCAAUUUCCCCUCAUCAGCAAGCACUGCAGGAGCCUGAUAGAUCCAGAUUCAGAAUAUUUAUUGUCAUUGUUACAAAAAGCACAACGAAACUUUGUUUGGAGCAUCCAUACAGCUAAGUUGGUAAAGUGCGAAACCCAUAUAAUAAAUACCCUUAAAUACCAAGUGUAAACAUUGACACCGUAUUAGACACAAGUACAAAAAAGACUCAACAACAGCAUAAAGUCAUGUCAGUGCUAAAGUGCAGUGCAAAAAUAUACCUGAUAAGAACAGCUAUAAAUCAGUGCAAAACCAGAUGAGUUAAUCAAGUAUAAUCAAGUAUACUGGUUGUCAAUCAGAUAACGAUCCUGAUUAUACCCUGGUAUAAUAUGAAUAAAUUGUUUGAAAAAAAAAAAAAAUAUCAUACACUGUGAUUUCUGUCUGUCUGUCUGAUUAUCUCUCAUAGUGGACAAACACCUACCAUGAAAUUUUCAAACCCGCCCAUCAUUUUUAAGUGGGAGAACUUGCAAAAUCGCAGGGUGCUCAAAUACUUAUUUUCCUCACUGUAUCUAAAUACAUUACGUUGUGCUAUUAUGUCAUCUUACUAUGUUAUGUUAUAGUAUUGCUAUGUUAUUAUGUCAAAGACCAAAUGUGAAGUAAUUUCAUAAAAUGCCAAAUAGGGUCACAAUUAAAGUAACUAAACAUUGUCCAACAAAUAAGGCAUGACAAAAUAAUUUUUAUGUUGUAUAUUUGACAAAAUAAUCGCGUUUCCGAAGUUCGACCCUGAAAGGGGACGAACCCGGAAGUGAUAAGUCACACUGAGAACAGCGAUGGGCAGCAAUCCCUACGGCCGCCAUACAAAGCCCUUCAAACAUUGAUUCAAACAGCGAUAUAAGCGAUAGAUCGAGCACAAGUGAGGAAAUCCAUGUUUUUGAAGAGUUGGAGGAAGAGGAGGAGGUUGGAAUUUUAUGUUGGACCAUACAUGUAUUAGCUAAUCAGGAUGCAAACAAUGUGCCCAGACUACCUGACAUGAAAUGGAGACAAGACCCAUCGAGAUUACAAGAUUGGUAAAAUAUAGGCUGUUAUUAUUUUUAUGAUUUCAAGCAUGUCAGGUAGAUAAACCACCUAAUAUUACCUGGGAUAAAAGAAAAGUUUUGACGUAUCCCCGAUCAUGUUGUGAAAUGAACAGUAGAAGCUAGCGACGUUAGCUUUUAUUUACCUGACAUGUUUCGGAGAACACUUCUACCUUCGGACCCUCUGACGAAGGCGGAAGUGUUCGCCGAAACAUGUCAGGUAAAUAAACCACCUACUAUUGCCGGGGAUAAAAGAAAAGUUUUGACGAAUUUAGGCAAAAUGAACUAAAUACAACUAUGAUCGGGGAUUGCCACGAGUCAGCUUUUGGCUAACAUCGCUAGCUUCUACUGUUCAUUCCACAACACAAUCGAGGUUUUGCCUCGAGUUACCUUUCGGCUAACGUCGCUGUUCAUUCCACAACAGUUGGCGGCUCUGCUUUGACAAAGUCAUCAGUCAUCUAUCCAAAAAUCACACUUACUUUUUUGCAAAUCCUUGAUCAUAAGCAGACCGGUUGAGGAAGCAGGCAUCUUCGAAGUGUUUGUAGCAGAGAACACUACUCGAUGAUGCCGUGAAAUUAAUUCGUUUCGUGCGAACGAAAGAUGUCCAUUUAUGUGCCCUGCUAUCCUUUGGCCACUCAUACAACUUGGCAUCUUACCGAGAAGCAAUACUGUUCUAUGGCGGACGUCCCUCGCAGUUCUCUGUGUGACGUCAUUUCCGAAGAUUUCCGAAGAUUGUCGAAGAAAAGCAUUUUCGUUGUCAAGGGCGUUGCUAGGGGUUAAACAAAGAAUCUGGAAGGGUUACGUUAAAAAAAAUAAUGAAAAUAUGCUUAUAAUUGUUUAGCCAAUGAUAUUAUUCAAAAACAUGGUGUGAAGGAGGAUUUUGAAUUCAAUACGGAGGUGAACAGGGAGCCAGUGUAGGAUGUGAAGGAUGGGGGUGAUGUGCUCAUGUUUACGCACCCUCAUCAGGACCCUGGCAGCGCUGUUUUGGACAUACUGAAGCCUUUGUAGGCUCUUGCCAGGGAUCCCGAGGAGGAGUGCGUUACAAUAGUCCAACCUGGAGGAGAUAAAGGCAAGUUAAGUUAUUUAUUAAGUUGUGUGUAGGGAUAGGAACCGAAAUCCAAUUCCAAUUCCGAACCGGUUCCUAGUGUUUCGAGGCCUUGACAUCACAAUGAAAUAGCCUUAACCAUCCCUUUAACGAUUGACGUGACGUGUCAUAUUGUACAGACGCAUCAAACUAGCAUGGCGCCAAGUACCACUCGCUCCAAAGUUUGGCUACACUUCACCAGGAAAGAGGGUGAAAAUGAAAGGUUACGAUGGUUUAGCACGAGCAUUGCAGCCGUAAACAUAACAAUGACAGCACGUAGGUUCAAACGCUCGAAAGUGUGUUUUCACUUCACGAGGAAAAAUUACAACAAAGCGACUUACAGUCAUUGCAAGGUGACGAUAACUGCAUCGGGAGGGAAUACGACUGUACUGCCCUCACCGAGACGCUAAGGCUCAGUCCUGGCUAUACAGCUAGCUUAACUCCCAAAUGACGACGCAGAAGACGUUGGUAUAGUUUCCUGACUUUAUUCAACCAUCACUUGAAGAGUGAAACUAAAAAUAGAAAUGAAACAAAUCAAUUUCGGCCCCAAUAACAAACAGGUUCGCAUCAACGUAAAUCAGCGAUGAUUAGCUGCUAAUACAGUAAUGACACAAACAGUUAGCAUGCGUUCAUUAGCAUUAGCACAUCGUUCAAACCACUGCACAACUGGAUUUAGGUGUCCGACCACGAGUGGAAACACACAACACAAAAGAGUGUAAGCACGCUGUUCUUCACGUGAGCGCAUUCUUCUUUGCGUGAGGAAGCGCAAGGGCGCCCCCACUUGAGCGUGAAAGCACCAUAAAAACUAAAAGGCAUGCAUUUCAAUAUAAUGGGAAAUAAUACACUUUAACAUAUUUUGCCAAAGGCAGAACAACGACCAAUAUGCCACUAUAUACCAAUAUAUUUUUUUUCUAUUAAAAAAAUGUUUCAGUAACAUGUUACACAUUCUUGUGUAUUUGCCACUUAUUGGCACAGUUAACAUUGAGGCUUUGGGCCUCUUUUGACCUCAUUGUGAGUUUGUAAGGUUGUGACUUCUGAUUAAACAAGCUCGAUGCCAAUCAAAACGUUUGUUCUUCUUUUUCCCCAAAUGGCGUACCGCACGCAUGCUAUUUUUAGACCGUGACGAAGCGGAAGUAAAGCCGAAGUGGGACAUUAUAGACCCUCCUUCGCAUAGAAACAAUGUAAUUUGUGCCACUUUUCUCCGGUAAUCUUUCAAAAACGAACAUGCCGAUCACGCAUUGCUUUAUUGGAACUUGUAGAAACGACACUAGACAUUACGACACAUGAAGGAUGUUUUCUUCAUACGUUUCCGGAAACCAAAAACUCGUGAGGAAAAAAUGUGAAGGCCAAAUCAACUGGCACGGACUUUAACACCAGCUUGGUGAGUCCAUUCACAUUUCAUAUGCAGUAAACAUUUUGUUGAGUUGUCAUGGUCUUUCAGAGGACAAAGAGGUAAGCCAAUUUUAUAUUUUUAAGUUAUUUUUUUAGUGUAACGUUGUGCCGUACUGCUUCUGUCUGACAAUGAAUGACCUGAAAAGAAUCACAAUGGUAUCUGACUGCCACUGUUACCGUUUCUGUAAUAUAUAUAAAAAACAACUUUAGUAAGGGGGAAGUGUAAAUAAAUUAUAGAAUUUUUUUAUGUUAAUAUUUGCGGGGGUAUUUAUGUUUGCAUCUUGUGUGUGUCUGUUUUUCAUGUGAGUUUGCGUGUACGCUUAUGAAUAGGGUUGUUCCAAUCAUGUUUUUUUGCUCCCGAUCCGAUCCUGAUCGUUUUAGUUUGAGUAUCUGCCGAUCCCAAUAUUUCCCGAUCCGAUAACCCCCCCCCCCCCCCCCCCGAUUCAAUUCCAAUCAUUCCCGAUAAUUUUUCCCAAUCAUAUACAUUUUGGCAAUGCAUUAAGAAAAAAAUGAAUAAAACUCGGACGAAUAUAUACAUUCAACAUACAGUACAUAAGUACUGUAUUUGUUUAUUAUGACAAUAAAUCUUCAAGAUGGCAUUUACAUUAUUAACAUUCUUUCUGUGAGAGGGAUCCACGGAUAGAAAGACUUGUAAUUCUUAAAGGAUAAAUGUGACUUUGUAUAUUGUGACUAAAUAUUGCCAUCUAGCGUAUUUGUUGAGCUUUCAGUAAAUGAUACUGUAGCCAUUUAACUGUUCUGCCCAAAUGCAUGAUGGGAAGUGCAACCAUGACUGUGCAAAGUGGCACCAAUAGAUAUAUCUUCUGUGCGUUGGGAAAUAACAUAGGGUGUUAAGAAAAAGAUCAACUACUACCUUUCUUCCCCACAUUGCUUCCCACGAUAUUUCUAAUUGUGGAGAGAGGGACUGUAAGGCUUUAGCCAAUUAAAAAAAGGCUCUGAAGGCUGCCAAAAUUCACUCUACUCAUUUUAUAUAGGUAAAACGGCGCCAUUAUAGAUUGAACGCGACAUUGCGUGAGUGGGUCGUGCAGCGCAUGCGUUGAUUGCGUUAAAUACUUGAACGGGAUUAAUUUAUUAAAAAUUAAUUACCGCGGUUAACGCGAUAAAUUUGAUAACCCUACUUUAAGCCAAAACUAAAGACUCGAUGAGUGUAAGACAUUUUGUCUGUAACGUUAAUACAAUUAGAAAACGAUUUAAUUAAAAUAUAUAUAUAUCUAAAAAAGGCAUGUCCGAUAUUUUUUUGCCGAUUCCGAUACUUUGAAAAUGACGUGAUCGGACCUGAUCGAUCGGGACACCGAUCGAUCGGGACAGCUUUACUUAUGAAUUGUGAUUUGAAUUGUAUCAUUUUUUUUUCAAUAUUUCUUUAUUUUCAAGUUAUUCAAUAUUAUUUUCUUUUCAUUAUUGUAAUGUAUUUGUUCCCUCACUUACGUUUGUUUAAGCUUGUGCGUGUGUGGAUCAUGUAAGUCAUUUUAUGUUUUUUGUGCAUGCACGUGUGUACGUGGGUGUCUUUGUAUGAGUUAUGUACACAUGUGUGUGCGUUUGUUUUCAUGUGUGUUUCUCUUUCUAUAUUUGUGUGUUGUAAUGUUUGCGUGGGCUACUGCUGUUUACAUGAAUGUGUUUGUGUUGUUGUGUGUGGGGGUGCGUGUGCAUGCAUGUGUGUGUUUGUGUUUUGCUCAGAAGCGCUGCGGGGCGUGACGAUGGUGGAACUGGUAAAGAAGGAAGGCAGCACGUUGGGCCUCACCAUCUCCGGCGGAACCGACAAGGAUGGCAAGCCGCGGGUCUCCAACCUGCGGCCCGGGGGGCUGGCCGCUCGGAGCGACCAGUUGAACGUAGGCGACUACAUCAAGUCGGUCAAUGGUAUCAACUUGACCAAACUUCGGCACGAGGAAAUCAUCAGCCUCCUCAAGAAUGUCGGAGAACGCGUACUGCUCGAGGUGGAGUACGAGCUGCCGCCUACAGCACCAGACAGCACAUCGGGUGUGAUUUCCAAGACAAUCGACAUAUGUUUGCACAAGGAAGGCAACAGCUUCGGCUUUGUGGUCCGAGGCGGCAUUCACGAAGACUGGCACAAGUCACGCCCCCUGGUGGUCACAUACGUGCGGCCUGGAGGGCCCGCAGACAGGGAGGGCACACUGCGUCCUGGCGAUCGCCUUCUGACGGUGGAUGGCGUGCCGCUGCACAACGCCAGUCACAGUGAUGCCCUCAGCGUGUUGGCUCAGUGUGGACAGGAAGCUCUGCUACACAUCGAGUACGAUGUCACCAUCAUGGACACAUUGACUAAUGCGUCUGGUCCUCUCCUUGUGGAGAUGGCCAAACCCCCGGGGGCCACGCUAGGCAUCACGCUGACGUCGGCGACCCAUCGCAACAAGAGGGUUAUCGUCAUUGAGCGGGUCAAGCCAGGAAGCGUGGUGGACAGGUGUGGAGCGUUGCACGCCGGAGACCACUUGCUGUCCAUCGACGGGACAUCCACAGAGCACUGUAGUGUCCUGGAGGCCAUGCAGCUACUGGCCAGCACCACUGAGUUGGUCAGGCUAGAGAUGCUACCCGUGCACCAGACCAGGAUGACCGGGAAUAAGCAACAUGACACUGUGAAGGUCCAGAAGUCAGACCACCCCCACCCUCACUCAUGGGACCCUUGCGUCAACUUCUGUCCGCCGCCUGUGAACUCAACCCACUGUAACGCUAGCUCCACCUUGCACAAGUCAUGGACUGCCUCCAACAACAACGCUGUCAAUAACAACAAUCUCGACUACUGCAAAUCUCUAGUGUCGGCCAGUUUCUCUCCAGGUUCCACGACCACGUCUGGCCCCAGCAGCCAGGGUUCCAACACGCUCCCCAGGCCGACUGUCCCGAUGAGCCCCCGAAACUCUCUGCUCAAACGUAGACACAGAAAGAAAGACCACAAAAGCUCCCUGUCGCUGGCCUCCAGUUCGGUGGGUCCUGGCGGUCAGGUGGUCCACGUGGAGACCAGCGAGGUCAUCCUAAUGGGGGACCCCCUCAACGGCUUCGGCGUCCAGCUGCAAGGAGGAAUCUUUGCCACCGAAACCCUCUCUGCGCCCCCGCUCAUAAGAUUCAUUGAGCCUGACAGCUCGGCCGAAAGGUGUGGCCUCCUGCAGGUGGGAGACCGGCUGCUGUCCAUCAACGGCAUCGCCACGGAGGACGGCACCCUGGAGGAGGCCAACCAGUUACUCCGUGACGCCGCGCUCACCAACAAAGUCGCGUUGGAGAUCGAGUUUGACGUGGCAGAGUCUGUAGUGCCCAGUAGUGGAACUUUUCAUGUGAAAUUACCAAAGAAAAAAGGCGUGGAGUUGGGACUCACCAUUAGCGCCAAUAAGAAGGCAGGAGAACCUCUCAUCAUCUCCGACAUCAAGAAGGGAAGCAUGGCACACAGGACAGGAACUCUUGAACCAGGUGACAAACUUCUGUCAAUCGACAACGUCCGUUUGGAAACGUGUUCCCGUGAGGAAGCGGAGCAAAUACUGCAACAAUGCGAGGAACUCGUCAAACUAAAGAUCCGUAAAGACGAGGACAACUCAGAUGAGCAGGAGACGUCCGGCAGUAUAAUCUACACAGUGGAGCUGAAGCGCUACGGUGGCCCAUUGGGAAUCACCAUCUCGGGAACCGAGGAACCCUUCGAUCCCAUCACCAUCUCCGGACUCACUAAGCGAGGCUUGGCCGAGAGGACGGGCGCUAUCCACGUGGGAGACCGCAUCCUGGCCAUCAACAGCGUGAGCCUCAAGGGAAAACCUCUGAGCGAGGCCAUUCACCUCCUCCAGAUGGCUGGAGAGACCGUCACGCUCAAGAUUAAGAAGAUGCUUGACAAUGCAGAUGAUAGGAAAGCGAGCGAAGCGGAUGACGCCACGGAGAACGAGCUGAGCGACGGGGACGAGGAUGACUUGACCGACUUGACAGACAGCCAGCAGACCAACAAGUUGUCGGAACUUUACGCCACGACCGUCCCCAGCGUCGACUCGGCCAUGGACUCCUGGGAUGGCUCUGGACUGGAUGCUGGAUACUGCAGCCAGGGCACAUACAGCCACCAGGUGUCCACCGGCAUGGCACUUCACCCUCACGAGUGGCGUAGUGCCAAACAGCAGCACAGUAUUACUCCCCCUCCUGGCUGCCGGAAGAACUACCCUUUCAGCGACGGUGGCUUUAGCGAGGAUGAGUGGGAAAAACCCUCGAGUUUCCUUGGCCAAGCGUCAGAUGGAAUUCUUCUGGAUUCCGAUGACAGUUUCUGGUGUCAAGCCUUGGAGGACCUGGAGACUUGUGGACAAUCCGAACUGCUCAGAGAGAUUGAGGCGUCCAUCAUGACUGGCACAGCAAUAAGUUUGGGAGUAGAAGGUGCUAACAAGCAAGAGUCUAUCAUGAGCCACGGCCGAAUGAGCCCGUUGCGGCGGAACUCCCUCCUCCACCAGGGGGCGCAUCUGCAGGAGGAGUUGCAACUGCACGAGGACGAAGACGCCCUCCUGGAGGUCCACUUCCACCCAGACGAGCUGCUGCACCCGGGGGCGCGCCUCCUCCAGAACAGCCUGUCCCCGUCUGGGCAUCAUGAGCCCAAGUCCAAGGCUUCGUUGAGGGUUUCAGAAAGGACGUGGGAAUCGCGGCGCAUCAAGGAGGAGAUGCAAGGGCUCCUGUCACCUACGCCUCUGGAGCUACACAAAGUAACUGUGAUAAAAGAUCCCGAAAGUGAUGAUUUUGGCUUCAGCGUUUCCGACGGCUACCUGGAAAAGGGCGUAUACGUCAACAUGGUCCGACCUGACGGACCGGCCGAGCGAUCAGGCCUCCGACCCUACGACAGGAUCCUUCAGGUGAAUCAUGUCAGGACUCGGGACUUUGACUGCUGCCUAGCGGUGCCGCUCAUCACGGAGGCCGGUGACCGAUUAGAAUUGGUCAUCAGCCGUAACCCGCUGGAUGCCGCCGAGGACAACAACAACACUCUGGACCACCACCCGUUGGAUCUGUAGCACAAACGCACCGAACUGGAAGCCAAGUUCUGAUGUUACCUUACCUCGUGGAUCACCACCUCUGCCACGAGACCAGACGGACACCAAUGUGAGGAUUUAAGCACAAGUUUUGAGGACAAAUUUGGUCCUCACCGUGGAGUCUUCGCAGAUGUCUGCAUUGCUGCUAAGCUAGCACAAACACUAACUUUGACCCGUAUGUCAAGGUUGUGUUGUUCCAAGGACACCGCAACAUGAUGUCAUCACGACAUUUACGUUUUUUUUAGUCUCAACACUAUGGAAAAAGUUAUAGGGGACAUGUUGUCGCAUUUUUAGGUACAAGUUCACCUCUUCCUGAAAGAUUCCCAACCCAGAUGAUGUCCCAUUACUUUUGUCCACAUAGAAAUACUAUGGGAAAAAACAACUUUAGACUGUUAUUCAGGGCCAUUACCCGGAAAUGACCCAAAAUCAACAGAAAGUGACCUGGAAUUGAACCAAAAUCAGCAGAAGGGGGCCUGAAAUGAACACGAAGUGACUCAGAAAUGCUCCAAAAUCAACAGGAAUCACUCAUUUAUGCGGCAAAAUUAGAAUGAUGUAAUAUCGACAGGAAUUGACUUGGAAUGAACUGGAAGCGACCCUUACUUUCCCCAAACUCAACAGGAAGUAACCUGGAAUAGAACCGAAAUGAACAGGAUUUGACCUGUAAUGAAAAGGAAGUGACCCAAAACUAGCAGGAAGUGACCUGUAAACGUCAUAAAUUACCAUCCAACUGAAAUGGCAUUUAAAACUUUUUUUUUUUUAGAUCAAAUUUGAUGCAUUCAAAAAAUACUAUAAAAAUUAAUAAAGCUACAUCAUGAUGUAAUAAUUGUACUGUACUAUAAUAUACUAAUACCGUAUUGGCCCGAAUAUAAGACGACCCUGAUUAUAAGACGACCCCCUCUUUUUCAAGACUCAAGUUUGAAAAAAGACUUUUUGAACACCAAAAUAUUUUUUAUACAGAAAAUAAUUACAGUACAUCCAAAACAAAUGAUUAUAACUAUAUAUUUGAGAGAAAAAGCAUUUUAUUUUGCCUCAUUCAAAUCUUAAUAUCUGAAAUAUGUAAACUAAAGCGCAAUCACAUUCGUAAAUGAAUGGCUUCUGGUUUUUGAAAUGUAAAUAAACCAAUCUAUUGUGAUAAAACAACAAAAUUGCAAUAACUGCAUUAACCAUCAAAGUGAAGUCUAACUGUAACUGAAGUCCUGAUGCAAAUCUGAAUAAGGAAAAACAUUGCAAUAAAAUAAUGCAAAAAGUAGCUAAGAUCUGUCAUGACAGGACAUCGCUUCAAUGAUAUCUAGCGUCAUCUAGCGUCGUGAAUGGGGAGAGUAGCUGAGAUCUGUCAUGACAGAACAUCGCUUCAAUGAUAUCUGGCACCAUCUAGCGUCGUAAAUGGGUAUAACGUCUGGACCGCGAAUAUAAGACGACCCCUCUUCUUCAGUCUUAUUUCAAUGGAAAAAAACAUCUUAUAUUCGGGCCAAUACGGUAUUACCAAAAACAAUCAUUUGCCCAAUAAAGGGUUAAUCAUUAUUUUUAUAUCAUUGAUACUUUUUAAUUUACAAAUGACAUUAUAAAUACAAAUAUAUUAAAUUCUAAUAGGAACAAAAUUAAUACAUUUAAAAUAAAUAAAAACACAAAUACCUGUACACUCUGUUUAAAGCCCAGUCACACUCGAAAGUUGCAGUUUUUUUGUUUUGUUUUGUAUUUUUUAAUCAAAUUCCAUACUAUUUAACUCCUUGCCUGCCAUUGAUAGGGCAUAGACUUCACUAUCAGUUGACGGGACACGGGGCUCGGGGCCGAUCCGUAGGAUAAAAAACUAAAAAUUCAAAUAUUUUCAAAACCAAAGCCGCUAGCAACCUGAAAAAAAAAGACACCUCCCUUAGCCAUAUAUGAGUCUCCAUGAGCAGCGAUAUAAAAAACAAAAUGAAAGUUGUUCCCUAAUAAAAUUCUGAUUUAAUUUUUUUAAGUAUAACAAAACUUAAAAUUGCUAUAAAAUUCUCAAAUUUUACGCUAGCUACAAAUAUCACCAAAAUACAGUGAUAAUCACCUAUAUUUUCAGGAUCAAUAGCAAUAUUUAACAUAUCAUAUAAGUUUUGGCCUAAUAGCAACCUUUUUUUUUUUUUUUUUUUCCAACAGUUAAUUCACUCAAUUUCACUGAAUCUCAGAAACUUAAUACUUGAGCAAAGCAUGCAGAAUCAUCUUAAUUUUUCUCAACAAAAGCAAAAUUAACAUUUUUCUAUAUACAGUCACAACUUAUUUAGGUUGAAUUCCGCUAUUGUGUAGAGAUACAAAAUCCAACAUGGCGGCUCACAAAACAAAGAGCAUUUUAAGUAGAAAAUUCUUGCAAAUAAAUGCAUAAAUCGCGGAAUUUCUGUAGAUAUGAACGUAAAACAGUCUAGAUUCUUGGUUAAAAGAUAAAAAACGGGCAGUUAUCAUUCAUUUUACGUAAACAUUUAAAGCCAAAGUUACGUUAUCGUUUAAUCCAACAAGGUGGCCGUCACGGAACAAAGCUUUUUCAAGUUGAAAAUUCUUGCAAAUAAAUGCUUAAAUCGUGGAAUUUUUAUAGAUAUGAACUUAAAACAGUCUAGAUUCUGGGUUUAAAGGAAAAAAGGGGGCAGUUAUCAUUCAUUUUACGUAAAUAUUUCAAUCCAAGGUUAUGGUAUUGUUUAAUCCAACAUGGCGGCCGUCAUGAAACAAAGACCUUUUUAAGUUGAAAAUUCUUGCAAAUAAAUGCUUAAAUAGUGGAAUAUCUGUAUAUGGCGGAAAACACUCAGGUGACUUGAAGUUCCGCUCUGAGACCCCCAAUUUAGCCAACUUUCAAAAUUGUCCGAUAUGCAUGUGUGAUACAUCAUUGGAAAGCUUAAAAUCUCAAUUUUCUGGGGGAAGAAACAUUUUGAGCAGGAGGGCAUUUUUUUUUUAAAAAUUUAAAAAAAUUUAAACAGCAAAACCCUAUCUGGAGGUGAGAGCACGCGAGAACAGAAUUACAGACGCCAUGACUUUAACGAGAUAUUAUCGCGUACUUACUUUGUUUCGAUCCAAAAACUCCAUGUAGCAUGUAUCACUGAGUGUCAAGACACAGCUGUGAAUGGCCACAGCUGGAUUUUUUGGGGAUUUUAUGGGUGACACAUGGUCAUAUAACAAGAGUCGCGAUGCAGAAAUCGCAGUCAUCAACGAGUGGUUGAGAUUUUCUUUUUCAUAUAUUACCCUUUUAAACGUUUUUUUUCAACUUUUUUUUGUUUGAAUCAAUUAUUUAUCAUCUAACAUAUCGGAGAAAAUGCCACAGUAACAAAAAAAUACAAUUAAGCGAUAGUUAUGCGGUACAUAGCCGUAACUUUUUAACAGACGCCAUUUUUUUCAUCUUGACAAUUUGUUUAAAAGUUUAAAAUAUGUGAGUGAAUAAUUUUUUUAAGUGUUUUUUUUUUUUUAAACAAAAUAUGAGACAUCAAUGAAUGAUUCUAAGCUAAAAACGACAGACAUUUUGAAUAAUAAAUAUAAUUAAUUACCAUUGUUUUAUGGCUGGGUUGAAACAAAAGCGGUUGCGCGACGUCUGUAAACGGGGGUUUUCAGGGUAAAACGGACAAAUUAAAGAUAGUUUGGGCGCUUCAUGCGCCAUGAAUCUACUGUGGCAGCAUAUAGACAUAUUGUUCUAUCAAACACAACAGUUGUUUUGGCUUAAAAUACAGCAGUUUCUUUUAAAGAGGAGCGCAAGAGCAGAAACUGCUUUUUCAGUCUUGUCUGUGUUUUCCGCCAUAUAUGAAUGUAAAACAGUCUAGACUCUUGGUUAAAAGCAAAAAAAAACAAAAACAUUCAUUUUACGUAAAUAUUUCAAGCUAAAGUCGGCCUAAUUUUUUCUAUUCAAUUCAUUGUAUUCACGUUUCAAAGUGCAUGCAUGGAACGAAAAAUAUAAUGAUUACCUUGAAUCCUUGACCAAAUCACUCUUGAGACACUCCUGCCUGCUUGUAUGCAGUAAAACCUUUGUCCUAUUUCCACCUAAAUCCGGCGUUAGAACACAGCGGGAAGACGUGACGCAAAGUCUGUGGGAGAUGUCUUGUCAACUGAUAGUGGAGUCUAUGGACAGCGAUAGAUAUCAAAUUCAUUUUCAUUCAUUACACUGCGAGAAAUGUGUUUGAAUACUCAUAUUUCAGCGAUAUUCACGGCACUAGAUGUCCAGUCCAUUUUGACUUCAGUCAAAAUGAAUUUGACAUCUAGCGCAGUUAAACAAGCGCUUAGCGUUGCUAAAAGACUAUGUGAGUGUCCCAAUACUUUUCAUCCAAAUUCCACAUGCUCCGGUUCCCAUAGCAACAGUGAAGCGCUUCCUGCCCUUGCAGAAAUCGCUUGUCCGUAACAAUGAGGUCGCCCUCAAGUGGCGCACCCCCACCUCAAGCCCGACCUACCGCCCCCCCCCGCCGUAUUUUUAGUCCCACGCAUUCCAGCCUUCAGCUUUACAUCAACGUCACCUGCUGCUGUUUUCUUCCGGAACGUCGCCCUGUCGGAGGCAAUUAUUUGUGGAUUAGCGGCGCUAAGAGGGGCCCUCACGCCCGUCACAUGAACUUGCCCACCCGAUAACAACCCCCGCGCACCCCUACUUAAACGACCCCCACGACCAUGCACGUGAGGCAACACCUUACAAAGUUAACUGGAACUUUCACAGCUACCAGCGUUGGCGUUUUUAUACUCCGGGUUGAAGUCACGCUUCCCUUGAGGGUGAUCGGUGCACCCCUUUUUUCCUCACACACCCUCCCAAAAAAGAUUUUUGAACACAUCAAGGCCAUUAAAAAAUAAAAAUCUGCUUUUCUACAAAUUAUUAAAAUGGAUGUAAACACACUUCUGAACAAAGUUGGCGCACCACUUUUUAGAAAUUUGCUGGAAUCACCCCACUAAAAAAACUAAAAACAUUUAGAAACAUUUUUUCACAAACAGAAAAAAAUGGCGCACCACCUGUAAAAAGCAACCAAUUUAAAACAAAACAAAACAAACAUUUCUUGUCAAAGCUCCACUAAAUCAGAAAUUUUCCAAAUUUAUUUUAAGCCCCACCCCCUUCAACAUGCCAACAGAAUCGGUGCACCCCUUUUUUUCCUCACACAACCUCCCAAAAAUAUUUUUCCACACAUCAAGACCAUUAAGGCACACCCCCAAAAUACUUUGAACUUAUUAAAUUAUUAAAUUGCAUAUAAAUGCACUUUAGCAUCUUUAACAUCUGAAGUUGGCGCACCCUUUUUCCCACUGCACACACACUGGAAAAAAAAAUCCCAGCAAAUUAACAUUAAAUAAACUAUAUAAAUUUCCUGGAACAUCCAAUUUCCAUCACCAUACAUUUUUUGACACCCAGAAAAAAAUGGCACACCCCCGCUUAAAAAGCACCCUAUUAAGAGAAUCCAAAUAAACGAUCACCAAUCAUCGAUGUUUUCGUCAACUAUAAUGAAAAUAUUUCGUCAACGAACAUUUUGUCAUGACGACGAGGAGACGAUAACGAGCUAAAAGCAUGUUUUGAAAGACAAAGACAUAACGAGACAAUACCAGUUUUCGUCUGACAAGAUGAGAACGAGACGAAAAUGCGCAAUAGAUUCCGUUAUAUAUUUUCACAAUGUGUGACAUUUUAUGUGUAGUUAGCAUAUAUCGUAGCAGUGUCUGCCUGUGUCACUCAUGUGACGUACUGCGGCCCCCACCCCCGACUCACCUGUGUCGUCUCCAGUCUCCAGCCUUGCACCCACGGUAAGAUUUGUUUUCUUAUCUUGGCCAAAGACAGUAUGCAAUGUAGCUUUAGCCUUUAAAGGUCUUAGCUGAGCAGUGUUGUUAAAGGGUACCACGGACAGAAAGACGUGUAGUUCUUAAAAGAUAAAUGUUAAAUAUGAGUUAUAAUUACAGUUGUGGUCAAAAGUUUACAUACACUUGUGAAGAACAUAAUGUCAUGGCUCUCUUGAGUUUCCAGUUAUUUCUACAACUCUGAUUUCUCUCCGAUAGAGUGAUUGGAACAGAUACUUCUUUGUCACAAAAAACAUUCAUGAAGUUUGGUUCUUUUAUGACUUUAUUAUGGGUUAACAGAAAAAGUGAUCAAAUCUGCUGGGUCAAAAAUAUACAUACAGCAACACGAAUUAGCAAUUUCUUGUGAGUGAUUAUUGACUUGAAUAAUCAUUGACUUGAACAAGUCAGGAAAGUCACUUGGAGCCAUUUCAAAGCAGCUGCAGGUCCCAAGAGCAACAGUGCAAACAAUUGUAAGUAUAAAGUGCAUGGCACUGUUUUGUCACUGCCACGAUCGAAGAAAAUGAUCGGAAGAAAAAAAAAAAAAAAACGGAAGAAACCACUUUGGACCACUUUGCUUUCUCUCUGCCUUACACUCCACUGUCGAUUAAAGGAAAACUACGGCGUCAGUCAAAGGACAAAACGCACUCAUUCGCUUGAUCCCUAAUUAAUUUAAAACUCGCCAUUGGCACCUUAUGGCGUAUUUAAAUCACUACCAUACAUAAUUAACGAGUGAAACAGUUUUUUUUUGUUUUUUUUUAAAAGAGUAUCACGUGGAAUUCCGGCAGUCUCGCUAUGUGACGUCACUUUUUGGGAGAAGUAAUUUGUGACAAUAAGUAAUUACUUUUUUAAAGUAAAAUGAACAACACUGGUGCUGGUGAUCAUCACACAAUAAAUGUAACUCGUAGCAUUCACGUUAGCAUUAGGCUAAUGCAAUCGGCAGGCGUCCUCUUAAACUCUCGGACGAGUUUUUUUUUUAAAACAAUUCGUGGCGUCCAGGUGGGUAUGAUUAUUUGAAUUAUUUCAAAAUAAUGUACUGUUUCCCUGCUGAGCGUGUAUUAUCACCAAGUUUGUGUUAUCCUCGUAGACGCUACAAUAUUUGCUCAUUUGUCAGUGUUCAUUCGAAAUAGUUGGAAGCCUUUAUUUAUCUAUUUAUUUUGGAUUAACUUUUUAAACAUUUUCAGACGAAAACAUUUUUAGUAAACGUUGACUAAAACUAGACAAAAUUAUUCUUGAGUUUUGGUCAACAAAAACUAGACAAGCACAUUCUUUUCAUUGCUGACAAUGACAAUAAAGACUUCUUCUUUUCUAUUCUAUUUGAGAUGACUAAAAUAUGACAAAGACUAAUAAGUAUUAUCGUCUAAAAGACUAAGACAAAAAUUUAAAGGGCUGCAAAAAAGAAAACUGUCACCAAUACAAACUUUUUCUCGUCAAACCCACCAAAAUACCAGCAGUUUUCCAAAUUUCUUUUAAGCCAUAUACAGUUGUGGUCAAAAGUUUACAUACACUUGUGAAGAACAUAAUGUCAUGGCUCUCCUGAGUUUCCAGUUAUUUCUACAACUCUGAUUUUUCUCUGAUAGAGUGAUUGGAACAGAUACUUCUUUGUCACAAAAAACAUUCAUGAAGUUUGGUUCUUUUAUGACUUUAUUAUGGGUGAACAGAAAAAAGUGAUCAAAUCUGCUGGGUGAAAAAUAUACAUACAGCAGCGCUAAUAUUUGGUAACAUGUCCCUUGGCCAUUUUCACUUCAAUUAGGCGCUUUUAGUAGCCAUCCACAAGCUUCUGGCAAGCUUCUGGUUGAAUCUUUCACCACUCCGCUUGACAGAAUUGGUGCAGUUCAGUUAAAUUUGAUGGCUUUCUGACAUUGGACUUGUUUCUUCAGCAUUGUCCACAAGUUCUCAAUGGGACUUUGGGAAGGCCAUUCGAAAACCUUAAUUCUAGCCUGAUUUAGCCAUUCCAUUAUCACUUUUGAUGUGUGUUUGGGGUCAUUGUCCUGUUGGAACACCCAACUGCGCCCAAGACCCAAUCUUCGGGCUGAUGACGUUAUUUCAUCUUGAAGAAUUUGAAGGUAAUCCUCCUUCUUCAUUAUCCCAUUUACUCUCUGUAAAGCACCAGUUCCAUUGGCAGCAAAAUAGCCCCACAGCAUAAUACUACCACCACUGUGCUUGACGGUAGGCAUGGUGUACUUGGGGUAAAGGCCUCACCUUUUCUCCUCGAAACAUAUUGCUAGGCAUUUUGGCCAAACACCUCGAUUUUUGUUUUGUCUGACCACAGAACUUUCCUCCAGAAGGUCUUAUCUUUGUCCAUGUGAUCAGCAGCAAACUUCAGUCGAGCCUUAAGGUGCCGCUUUUGGGCUUCCUUCUUGCGCGGCAGCCUCUCAGUCCAUGGAGAUGCAAAACACGCUUGACUGUGGACACUGACACCUGAGUUCCAGCAGCUUCUAAUUCUUGGCAGAUCUGCUUUUUGGUGAUUCUCGGUUGAAUCUUCACCCUCCUGACCAAUUUUGUCUCAGCAGCAGGUGAUAGCUUGCGUUUUCUUCCUGAUCAUGGCAGUGACAAAACAGUGCCAUGCACUUUAUACUUACAAACAAUUGUUUACACUGUUGCUCUUGGGACCUGCAGCUGCUUUGAAAUGGCUCCAAGUGACUUUCCUGACUUGUUCAAGUCAAUGAUUCGCUUUUCCAGAUCCAUUUUUGUAUGUUUUUGACCCAGCAGUUUUGAUC